GCAGAAGAUGCCCGGUGGGGUGGCCUCAAAACAUACCCAGAGACUGCGCCUGGACCCAUCAGCCUUGGCUCACAAAUACGCCUGGACUUUCCUACCUCUGUUGAAACCCUCCUUGUCAGUAGCCCAUCCCUCCAGGCUGGGGUUCGCCCCCAACCCCGCACCCUGAGCACAUCAGUGAGUGGAGGACCUAAAGAGCAGAGCAUGGGAUGGAGGGGCACCGAAGGCGUGUCCCCUUGCUCCCAGGCCGAGACUCCGUUACGGGGGUCGCUACCUGUCUGGUUUCCUUCCCUUCCCAGGGCGGCGCCACUCCUGGCACGAAAGGGUUAAGUGUGCCUGCACCCGCCAGCCAAUGGCCGCGCACAGCGUCUUCGCGGCGCCGCCUGAUUGGCGGAAGCACAGGGUGGGAGGGGAGGAGGCCCCUGUGCCCUGGGAUGCUCUUAAAAGGCUGUGGCUGUGGCAGCCGGGCUUUGGGCACCGGCUCACCUCGGCCAUGAGCAGCGCGGCCCGCCUGGACCCAACGGAGGCGCCCGAGGAGCGGCGUUUCCUCAGCACUGCUGAGGCGGCUGCCCUGGAGCGGGAGUUGCUGGAGGAUUAUCGCUUUGGGCGGCAGCAGCUGGUGGAGUUGUGUGGCCAUGCUAGUGCUGUGGCUGUGACCAAGGUGUUCCCCUUGCCUACUCUCUCCCGGAAGCAGAGGACAGUGCUGGUCGUGUGUGGCCCGGAGCAGAACGGGGCCGUGGGGCUGGUUUGUGCCCGGCACCUGCAGAUGUUUGAGUACGAACCAACCAUCUUCUACCCUACACGCUCACUGGAUCUGCUGCACCGGGACCUGACCACCCAAUGUGAGAAGAUGGACAUCCCCUUCCUGUCCUAUUUGCCCACGGAGGUCCAGCUCAUCAACGAUGCCUAUGGGCUGGUGGUGGACGCCGUGCUGGGCCCUGGCGUGCAGCCGGGGGAGAUCGGGGGCCCCUGCACGCGGACGCUGGCCAUACUCAAGCUGCUGUCCAUCCCCCUUGUGAGCCUGGACAUUCCCUCAGGCUGGGACGCGGAGACCGGUGGCGGCGACACCGAGGAUGGGCUCCGGCCCGACGUGCUGGUAUCGCUCGCCGCGCCCAAGCGCUGCGCCGGCCGCUUCUCCGGCCGCCACCACUUCGUGGCCGGCAGGUUCGUGCCCGACGACGUGCGCCGAAAGUUCGCUCUGCGCCUGCCGGGAUACACCGGCACCGACUGCGUCGCGGCGCUGUGACCGCCACCUGCGUUCUGGCGGCUUGGACCCGCGCCAAUAAACAGACG